AUGCCAGGGUCAUUCGAGGCAACAGUUUCUUCAUCGGUGUGUGCUCUCUUUAUCUCCGAGAGGCAAAAUCUUGUUAACAACGACCUUGAGAGUUACAAGAUGAUGGAGGGAAGUUUACGGCGGCAGGUUCGUUGUUUACUUCUCUGUGUGUUGUGUUCUAUACACCAGUAUCUAGCUGUAGAUAUACGUAUGACAGUUAAAGAAGUGAACGAAAGUACAAAUGUGACCUUCUCAAUUCAUACUAACAAACAACAGAGAGAUUUGAAUCCUCAAGGCAAUGGACAUCUCGUCAAUACCACACAAGGCAAUGGACACUUCGUCAACACCACACAAGGCAAUGGGCACCCCGUUAAUACCAACAAUAACGAAAAAUACGUGACGAUGAUCCAUGGGAAUACUCAAAAGAGGAUAAAAUAUACAGAAAGACCUUACCCAGCAUUCCUUAACCCGGAAGUCACGGUGUUUUCCACCGGCGAACUACCCGAUGCCCUGUCAAUGCCAACUAUCGGUAAUGGUCACGUGGCUACGGUUGUCCAUAGCGACACCAUGUAUCUAGGAGGACUGUACAAUGGCUACAAUAUAACGAGUCACAGAGCAAGACUACAGUCAACCUCCUCCAUUAGCAUCACCGGCUUCUCCUUCGAUGUAAAUACUCGCAAUCACUCCCUGGAUGUCGGCAGAGGUAUAUACGUUGAGGAGUACACGUCCGACUUUGUCACUGUUAAGCUGAAGAUGUACGCUCACCAAGUCCUCUAUAGCCUGUUAGUAACGGAAAUUUCUGUGAGUAACGCUUUAACCGGAAAUGUCCAUCUAAAUCUCUCCACCAACCCCGGACCGCCUAGCGAUGACAUUGAGAUCACUAACUCAACGGUAUUGGGAGAUUUCAAGAUAUAUUUUGGAACGACGAAAGAACCCGAGUACCACGAGAAGGACAAAAUCCCGUUCAUGGCUUUAUCCACUCUGGUGCCUGACGUCAUGAGUGUUCCUGCCGGAGAAUCCGUCCGGCGUUUGUUUUUAACUUCAGUUGAUUUCAGUUCUUAUGUGGUUCAAGAAUAUCUCCAGUUAGGGCUCGACUUUUUCCUCAAUGGCAUGUUGGAAUCGACCCAUACACAGGUAUGGGAAGAGUCUAAUUGGAAAAAGGGGAGGAUAGAUGUCGGCGGAAACAACAAUCUUAGCAGAAUCAAUUAUGCAGCUAUGUAUUACUUACUCAGCGAGAUCCCUUACCGAGAUAAAAUUGAACCAUUCUUUGGAAUAUCACCUGGUGGUCUAGCCCACGGAGCACUGAAUAAGGAUUACGAAGGUCACGUGUUCUGGGACCAAGAGACCUGGAUGUUUCCGCCAAUGCUCCUUUUGUUCGGUGACAAAGGCAAAAAGAUAAUCCAGACUCGCGUUAGGACACACGGGGCUGCGAAACAGUACGCUAAAGAUAGAGGUUAUCAGGGAGCAAUGUAUCCGUGGGAGAGUGCAUUUACUGGUCUUAAUGUGUGUCCCUCUACCGAAUGUUCCAAAUACGAACAACACAUCACCGGCGACAUCGCUUUCGCGUUCAAGCAGUACAUCAUGAUGACACGGGACACAAACUUCAUCCAGAAAGACGGUGGAGCUGACGUCAUCACGGAUAUAGCCUCUUUUUGGUUGUCUCGUAUGACGUACAACCAAAGCAUGGAUCGUUUUGAAAUACAUGAUGUGAUGCCUCCGGACGAGUACCACUACCCAGUCAACAACUCUGUUUACACAAAUAGUGUUGCUAACAUUAGUCUCCUCCUUCCCAAGUACGCCCUCUCUUUGGUCAACAGAACGGUGGACCCGAAAUUCGAGCAAGCAGCAAAGAAAUUAUACAUACCUUUUAAUCAAACCACGAAAUGGCAUCCAGAAUAUGACGGAUACACACCAGAUACUACAGUCAAACAAGCUGAUGUUGUCCUACUUGGAUUCCCUCUUAUGAAGGAAAUGUCUGCAGACGUUAGGGAAAAUGAUCUCAACAUAUACGAAAAAGUAACACCGGGAGGUCCUGCCAUGACGUGGGGGAUGUUUGCUAUUGGUUGGCUGGAACAAAACGCCACAUCUAAAGCGGAAACCCUGUUUAAGAAACAGUUUGAUAACGUCAUCCCGCCAUUUUAUAUUUGGUCCGAAGAGCCGGCAGGACGUGGUGCUAGAAAUUUCCUAACGGGUAUGGGCGGGUACCUACAGUCCCUCAUGUUCGGGUAUGGUGGAUUUAGAAUAUUUGAGGACAGACUUCAAUUUAACCCUACUCUUCCUCCUGAUACGUCGACCUUCAAUAUAACCGGGGUGGAUUAUCUGGGCGGAUAUUUCGAUUUCAGUUUUGGUGAUAAAUAUAUGACAGUAAACCAAACAAAAGCUGCUUUAGAGGAGAUGAAGAUAGUUAUAGCCUCCACUGGUCAGACUCAAACUCUAGAUAUCGGUGUUAUAGUUCAGUAUCAAACGUGUCAAGCGGCGUUAAUGCUUGUAUAA